UUACUCUUCCUUUCUUUCACUCUUUCCGCCUCCAUCCAUCCACAGUGAGAAGACAGGAGAUCUAGAGAUAGAGAAAGGGCUCUUCUGCUUCUUUUCUGUCUGUUGGUUUGGAGUUUGGUCUUUGGGAUAGUGUUGUCUUGUGUUUGGAUUCGGUUGACCUUUGUAGAGCGUUUCAGAUUUGAUUGAGCGAUGUCUAGAUGUUAUCCAUACCCACCGCCUUUUCUUCUUGAAUCUGAAAUAAGAAAGAAGAAGGAUGAUGAAAAAUCACUCUUCUUAACGGUGAAAGCUGAAUCCAUUAAGAAGAGAGAGGAGACAGAUAAAGAGAGGAAGAAAGAAAAGAAGAGGGAGAAGAGAGAAAAGAAGGAGAAAAAGAAGAAAGUGCAAAACAUCAGGGUAAACAGUGAGUUUGAGAAUAAGGAACACACUCACAAGGAGAGGUGCAAAGAUGAAGGGAGUAAGAUAGACCAUAGUGGAGGCAACCAUCCAACGAGAAGAGAAGAUGAAGAGGAGGAGGUGGAGAAAAGCGGCCUUACUGAAGAGCACGACCAACCUGCUAGCCUUCAGAAUCUCGGCGACAUUUCUGAUAGCUCCCAGGACAGCAGAAAAAGGAAAAGGACGCAUAUACCAGUGCCUACCUCGUCCUCCAAUGGCUGCCACAACCUUGGGAAUGUGCUUCGGUUCCGCUUGUUGCUGUCUAAAAACAAGGAUAACAAGAACCAGGUAGUGGUACUACCGGCAUCCAGCAAGGUUGAAAAGUCUUCUUGUUGUACUUCUGAAAGACCUGAGGGAGUUGUGCAAAAUGGGAUUGAUGAUAACAACUCGUGUAGAUCAGUCUCGUCACAGCUGUGUUCUACCUCAGGAACAACUGAGAUUUUACUAACAAAACACAAAGGCACUGAAACAGCUGCUAUGGCAAGAACCAAUUGCUUUGAUGAGAGUUGCUUUCUUGAUACAGUGGAGGUUACACAGUACAGAAAUUUAAUUGAGAACUGGGCUCCUCCUUCCCAGAGUCUGGCAGUGUGCUGCACUGACUUGGAUGAUCAAGAUUGGCUAUUUGGUUCAAAACAAACAGCGCACGACAGACACAAACUAGCCUCAUCAAAAAGGGUUAAAGGUGUUGAGGAGAAGCCUAUGGUAUCACCAGGACUGUGGCCAUGUGCUUGUUACCUGGCUGAUGCUGAUAUAUAUGCUUUACCUUAUACUAUCCCAUACUAAAAAUUGUUAUAGAAUAACUAAUUGUGUCUAAUUCAUUUUUCAUGUCCUGGCUGCUGUGUACUGCCCAAUUCUGUAGCCAAGUAUUUUGGCUACUUUUCUGGGAUCAUUUACUUACCAUGAUUCUUUUAUUAAGUUAAUAGGAUUGGGAAGAAGUUAGUCGGAUAUAAAGAAAAUGGUGGGUGAUCAGUCCCAAAUAUUGCUCACGAUGUUUCCAUGAUGUAUUCGUUUCACAGGAAAGAAAUCAAUUCAUUGUUGUUUUCG